UACGUGCCACUUCCUCAAAAGAAUGACAUACCAAACAGAGCUACAAAACUCUGAAAUUAGUGAAGAGGAACAAAAACUACAAAACUCUGAAUCCUGCAAAGAGGAACAGGAUUUAUCAAAGGUGCUUAACAUUGAUUUCAAGCAAAUUGAAAGCUUAAAUAUUAGAAUCCCAUGUUCCAUUUGUGAAGAAAUGGUAUACAUCAGCCAACUUUUUCAUCACAAAAAAGUCCACCAAGCUCAAGCUGUACUGGAUUAUCAGUGGCCAUAUGUGGAGCCUAUAGAUAUAAAAAAAAUUAUCCUUCGGAGAAAGCAACUCAUUUUAAAACUGCAAAAAACUGCUCAAUAUCCUGAACGAGAGAUAGAAAAGAUUGGUUGUUCCAUUGAUCUUCUUAAGGAGAGCAUAAAAAUUGCUCCAUACUUUUGCAUUGAUAACAUUGUUCAAAGUUCGGUGUAUAUUAAAGAAGUAAGCAAUCCACUGAUUAAAGCCAUAGCAAUUUGUCAAGAUAAAAAUGCUGUUUGGCACACAGAAAUGGAAGAUGUGUAUAUUGUACUAGAUAAUUAUGGGCACAAGAAAGAUACUUGCUUACUUGGACUGUUUGAUGGAAGUAAUGGAAUUUCUGCUGCUCAGUUAACUUCAGAUGAACUUCCUCUUCUACUUCUUGACCAGCUUUCUCAUAAUGAUUCCUCCUAUCAGAUUAGCAAUGCUGAAAAAAACAUGCUUCAUUCUUUUUGCACUAUUUUUAAAGAAGAUUAUGAAGUAAAGGAGCAAGCAUUUGCUGUUGCAAAAGCCAGAAGCCAAAACUCACAACCAAAUAAGUAUGAAUGGAUUCACAGAGCAUUUGCAAAAGCUUUUUGGAGAAUGGAUAGGCUUUUACGUCUUGGACGAGGUGAAGUUUCCAGAGUUCGCUGGAGUAGCUGUACAACUGCCAUAUGUUUAGUAGAAAUGACAAGCAACAUAAAACAAAACCAAGAAGAACAAGAAGGGGAAGAAACAGCUGAAACAAUAAAUGAUAAUGAUGAGCAGAACUUCAUGCAACAUGAGAAGGGACUACCUAAAACAAACAGAAUAAUGAUAAGAAGUAUCAUAGAACAAGAAGUAGACAAAAUUAUGGAACAGCAGGAAGAGAAGCCACUUGGAAAAGUAAGUGAAGGAAAAGAACAGAACAACACAGAACAAGAGGAAGACUCUGAAAUAGAACUGCACCAAGAAGAGCCACUUACAAGAAUCUGUCAUGGAAAGGGACAGAACAACACAGAGCAAGAGGCAUGUUCUCUCACAGGACAUCCUGGAGAACUAUUUACAAGUAUAAAUGAUGGAAUGAAAAAAAGCAUCAUAGAGUCAGCAGAUAAUGAGCAACCAACAAAUCAUAAAGAUGAGAUCCAGGAAGAAGGUUGGAUUGAAAACAAUGAGAAUUCAGAUGAAAUUGAUGGAAUAAUGCAUAUUGCUAACAUUGGUAAUGUUCAUGCAGUUUUAUGCAAAAAUGGAAAGAGCUAUUGGCUUACUAAAGAACACUCCACGUACUGCAGAGAGGAAAGGCGACGCAUUCUUCAGAAUGGUGGAUCCAUCAGCAGUAAUGAGCCUAAAGGACUAAUAGAAGGACUAAUAAAAAAUACUCGUGGCCUUGGCCAUCAUGGAAACCCAAAGAUGAAGAAAACAGUUAUUCCUGUACCAAAUACAAUCUCUUUCUCUGUUGAUAACUCAUGUCAAUUUCUUAUUAUAGCAACUAAUGGACUUUGGGAAGUUUUGGAUAAAAGUGAAGUUGUGCUAUUAACAAUAACUUUGUUUUCUGCUUACUUGGCAAAAUAUCAACAUGCCUUAUUGAUGAAAAAUUACAUUCCCAAAGCUUCAAAGUUAUCUUUGGAAGAUCAAUUCUACUCAUGGUAUAUGAAUCGUGAUUUUUUUCCUGAAUCAGAUUUAGGCAAUGAAGAGGAAACUGAUCCAAGUUUUCAGUUAAAGCUCCCAAUUAACAAUAGCACAGAAGAAGAAGUAGUAAUUGAGUCAAAAAGCGGUACUAUUUCUACAAAGCAACCCUCAGAAAAUUCUUUAGAAACACCAGUUAAUAUUCCUACAUCUUCAAAAGAAAAUACUCCACCAGGCACUAACGUAACCCAAAAAGAAAUUAACAAAAAUUCAGAAGACCUGAUAUCUGAAAGUCAUGAAUUUUUACAGAUAUGUGAAGAUUCAGAAACAGAUUCUAGAACAUUUUACAAUCUUGCAGCAAAAUAUAUUACUAAGCACUUAGUAAAAGCUGCCCUUAAAGCAGGUUCUAGAAAUAAUGUUUCUGUACUGUUAGCUCUCUUAAAUGGAUGUGAUAAUGUACCCAUUGAUGCACUAAUGGGAAAAACAGAGUAAGAAACACUGGCAUAAUACAUACAAAAUAAAUACUUGUUUAAAAAAUGA